CUUACCACAAUCAUUGUUCUUUGACCUCCCACCGCACUCUCGAAGCCCCUCUCUCUCCUCAAACUCUCGAGACCGAAAGGAACAUGUCUUCUCUCCGCAACGCCGUUGCACGGCGUCCGCACAAGGAACGCGCUCAACCCGCCUCUCGCGAAAAAUGGGGCCUCCUCGAGAAACACAAAGACUACUCCCUCCGAGCGCAGGACUAUAACCUCAAGAAGAAAAAGCUUUCCCAACUGUCACAAAAGGCCAGGGAGCGAAACCCAGACGAGUUUGCCUUUGGCAUGAUCAGUCAAGGAAGGGCCGGGUUGGGGAAGCACAAAUCCAAGCAGACUGUGGAGGACGAAGAUGGGAACAAGAGACUAAGAGAAGGUGUCCCAUUGAGCCACGACGCGGUCAAGUUGUUGAAGACGCAGGAUGCCGGAUAUCUGAGGACUGUAGCGGCGAAGGGUAGGAGGGAGAUUGAGAGAUUGACGGAAGAGGUGGGCAUGGACGAUGUUACGCUCGGAAAGCUGACGCCGGCCAAGAGGCAAACUUUUCAGGACGAUGAGACUGGAAGCCUACUCAGGGGCAAGAAGCGGGCAUCGAACGGGGAAGUGCUCCAAGAUCAAUCUUUCGAGGGAGAAACAGAUCAAGCAAUGCAAGAAGCUGAGAUUUUGGCGACAACAUCGAUCCACGGCCUCAACGACACAGAUGAUCCACCAAAACCCAAGUCCAAGAAAGCCCUUCAAGCGGAACAAGACACCCUGAGCCGUUUGCGUGCUGAGCGGAAAAAGAGGAAACGUCUUCAGGAUAUGCGUGUGGCAAAGCUCGAGGCCCUGAAAACCCGGCAGCGCGAAAUCCUUGCCGCAGCCGACCAGUUGGAGUUACAGCGGGCGAAGAUGGCGAGAACGGUCGGUGGAGUGAACAAGAACGGUCUCAGGUUCAAGGUUAGAGAGAGAAAGAAAUAAGCGAAGAAGGUCCAAUUCUGUCACGACACAACAACGAGAGAUGGUAAUGAACAAUGAUAUCUAAAGAGGGUCUGAUAUAUCUUCUCUUCUGGGACGGAGCCCCUUAGGCGCCCUUCUAUGACAAGCAAUACCGGAUACCGGAAUGCUUCUGCUUCACACACCCGCGGCCACAGCCUGGGUGAUGACCUUACUGAAAUCGGGCUCUCUUCCUAGCAACCAACCCAUACCCUCGACCUGCUCUCGACGGAACUUUUGACUUGCCUUCAAAAAUGGGAAGAAUCCCCAAUGUCCGUGGGGCUCGCCAGGAUAGACAUACAUCUUGGUCUUGACGCCAUUUUCCUCCCGCAGCACGCGCUCAUAGAUGAUGGCCUCAUCUCUCAGCGGGUCCAUACCGUCAAUCUGGAACAGGGCAGUAGGCAGAUCUUUGUGGCCUUUAGGGUGGUUGAAGGGAGCAUACCAGACUCCGUCACUUUCGUCCGGCUCGUAGCCUCUCAUGAACAUAUCGAUCGCCGCAACAGGCAGGACUGGUGCAUUUCGGUUCUGCUCGUACGACAGGAAAUACUCCUUGUACUUUUCUGGGACCUUGCCUUCAGGCAGCACCGCGGGAAUGACGAGGUACUGGCCAGUCAAAGGGGGCGACAAUUUCUCGUCUCGCGCCACAUGAGCCAGGACGGCCGUGAUGUUUCCUCCAGCCGAGGUGCCACCAAUGACAAACCCGGUCGAAGGAUCGGCGCCCCAGGACUUUGCGUUGGCCGCAGCCCACUUCAAGCAGUCCCAAGAGUCUUUGGGUGCAUAUGGAAAUUUGAACUGCGGUGCAAGGCGGUACGAGGCUGAGAUGCAGACAGCACCGAAGGCCUGGACAAAAUUGCGACACGUCUGCUCCUCGCCCUCCGGCGCGCCGAUGCAAAACCCUCCACCGUGGUACAUGACGAUUAAAGGGCUUCCGUUCUUGGGUGGGUUUGUUGGCUGAUAGAGCUUUGCACGCAGCUUGGUACCGUCUGCUGUGGGA